AUACUUUCCCCUGUCAAAAAAGAAGAUCGCAUAUUCACAAUCUUCACGUCUCCCCUUUACAACGAGAGGUCAAAUCUUGUGCCGACAUGGAUCAUCAUCAAGAAUCGAAUUCUCUAAAACAACUCGUCCCUCUAUCUUCUUCUCCUUUCUUGUCAACCUUCAAGAUCAAGAAACAUAUAUUCGUCGGAAUCUCUCUUCUCAUCAGUUUCUUGAUAUUCUCCGUUACCGUCGUGGAUCUUGUCGGCAUCAAGCCUCAUCUCUGUUUUGGAUUCUUAUCUUCUUCAUCGACGAAGGAACGGAGAGAUGACGACGUAUGCGACUAUUCGUACGGAAAAUGGGUUCGUAGCCGACAACGUGGCGUGGACGGAACCUCUUAUGGAGAAGAGUGUCGGUUUCUGGAUCCUGGGUUUCGUUGUCUGAAUAAUGGAAGAAAAAAUUCUGGUUUCCGACAAUGGCGAUGGCAACCACACGGUUGCGAUCUUCCACGAUUCAACGCAAGUGAUCUUCUGGAGAGGAGUCGGAACGGGAGGAUAGUGUUCGUCGGAGAUUCCAUAGGAAGAAACCAAUGGGAAUCACUUUUAUGUAUGCUUUCACAAGCUGUGUCUAAUCAAUCUGAGAUAUAUGAAGUUAAUGGUAACCCUAUAAGCAAGCACAAGGGUUUCCUCUCGAUGCGGUUUCCAGAACAUAACCUAACGGUCGAGUAUCAUAGAACACCGUUUCUUGUCGUGGUUGCUAGGCCACCUGAGAACUCAACGGAGGACGUCAAGAUGACUGUUAGAGUUGAUGAGUUCAACUGGCAGUCGAAAAGAUGGGUCGGGUCUGAUGUUCUGGUCUUCAACACAGGACAUUGGUGGAACGAAGACAAAACCUUUAACAUAGGUUGCUAUUUUCAGGAGGGAGGUAAACUGAACAAGACAAUUGGAGUAAUGGAGGGGUUUAAGAAGUCUUUAAAGACAUGGAAGUCAUGGGUUUUAGAGAGACUAGAUUCUGACAGUAGUUAUGUCUUCUUCAGAAGCUUCUCUCCUGUGCAUUAUAGGAAUGGGACAUGGAACUUGGGUGGUUUGUGUGAUGCUGAUACAGAGCCAGAGACUGAUAUGAAGAAGGUGGAACCUGACCCUAUCCAAAACACUUAUGUCUUUGAAGUAAUAAAAGAAAUGAGAUAUGAACAUAGUAAGGUUGAGUUUCUGAACAUUACAUAUCUGACCGAGUUCAGGAAAGAUGCUCAUCCUUCACGGUAUAGAGAGCCUGGAACUCCUGAAGAUGCUCCUCAAGAUUGUAGUCACUGGUGCUUACCUGGUGUACCUGACACGUGGAAUGAGAUUCUAUAUGCACAGCUUUUGGCAAUGAAUUACACAACAAAAUGAAAAGAGGUACAAGUAUAUAACGGGUACAAGUAUAUAACGCUUCUUCUUUCUAGUCACAUGCUAUAUGAAUUGCAGCUAGCAUAGCUGUGAAUGAGAAAUGUUAACGCUGCAGAGGUUUAGCUUCACAGUUUUGUAUAAGAAACUACUUAUAAAGGUGUAGCUUGUAGUAGUUCAGACAAAGUGUAUACCAUUAUCUGAAUAGCAUAAAAGUGAACACAGACUUGUCUGUAAAGUUAUUUUUGAGUUAUAAUAAGAUUAUUGUGGAA